AUGAAUCUCAAUGAAGCGGCCCUGGCACCUCCGGCCGCUCGCAGCUUCGCGGCCCGGGGCCGGGCCCUGCUGGGUCCCUCCGGGCUGGGGGCGGCGGCCCCGGGGCUGAGCCCACCAGAGAUGCGGCGCCCGCGGGGCGCGCAGCUAAGCAGGCGCAUCGGGGCUGAGGAGAAACGGGGCCAUUUAUCCCCGCGCUUCGGUCGCUACCACGGGGACCUGCGUUGUGAGAGGGCCUCGAAUCCCAGCGCCGCCCUGGGCCUCUUAGCGGCCGCCGACCGGGCCUGCCUCGGGGGCGGCCGCUGUGCCGUUGCACCGCCUGCGUGCGCUCGGAGGGCGCGGGCCGCACGCCCUCCGUGGUACUCCCCGCGUACCCGCUUUCGGUUCCUGGCCGCGCGGAGAAAACCGCCUGGCUUUGCCUCUUCCUUCCCUGUUUGGUCCGGGGCCUCGGCGGGGCUUGCCAAGCUCCAGGACGCGGGCGGUCUCUGCUCUCCCGGCCUGGGACCCCGCGGCGCGCUGCCGGGCCAGGCCCCACCGCGCGAGCCGCCCGUCUCGGCUUUCCCCGCUCUGCCCUCCCCGGCCCGGCCGGCCCGGCGGGCGGCGCCGGGUGAGGUGGCAUCCGACUCUCCAGCUUCUUGCAACUCGGAGUGUGGUCCUGGGACCCACAGCCUCGGCAUCACCUGGGAGCCAUUACCAUCACACCCUGGGAGGAGCCGCAGCUGCCGCAGCCGGCCGGUCACCAUCACCGCAACCACGAGCAGCGAGGCCAAGACCCAGCAGCCGCCCGCCGCCCCCCCCCCCGCCGCCCCCGCCCUCAGCGCGGCCGACACCAAGCCCGGCACCACGGGCAGCAGCGCAGGGAGCGGCGGCCCGGGCGGCCUCACAUCGGCGGCGCUUGCCGGCGGGGACAAGAAGGUCAUCGCAACGAAGGUUUUGGGAACAGUGAAAUGGUUCAAUGUAAGAAACGGAUAUGGUUACAUCAACAGGAAUGACACCAAGGAAGAUGGAUUUGUACACCAGACUGCCAUAAAGAAGAAUAACCCCAGGAAGUACCUUCGCAGUGUAAGAGAUGGAGAGACUGUGGAGUUUGAUGUUGAAGGAGAAAAGGGUGCGGAGGCAGCAAAUGUGACAGGCCCUGGUGGAGUUCCAGUGCAAGGCAGUAAAUAUGCAGCAGACCGUAACCAUUAUAGGGGCUAUCCACGUCGCAGGGGUCCUCCACGCAAUUACCAGCAGAAUUACCAGAAUAGUGAGAGUGGGGAAAAGAACGAGGGAUCGGAAAGUGCCCCCUUUAGAUCUCUUUCUAGAGAUAAAGCCCAGGCCCAACAGCGCCGGCCCUACCGCAGGCGACGGUUCCCACCUUACUACAUGCAGAGACCCUAUGGGCGUCGACCACAGUAUUCCAACCCUCCUGUGCAGGGAGAAGUGAUGGAAGGUGCUGACAACCAGGGUGCAGGAGAACAAGGUAGACCAGUGAGACAGAAUAUGUAUCGGGGUUAUAGACCACGAUUCCGCAGGGGUCCUCCUCGCCAAAGACAGCCUGGAGAGGACGGCAAUGAGGAAGAUAAGGAAAAUCAAGGAGAUGAGACCCAAGGUCAGCAGCCACCUCAACGUUGGUACCGCCGCAACUUCAAUUACCGACGCAGACGCCCAGAAAACCCCAAACCACGAGAUGGCAAAGAGACAAAAGCAGCAGAUCCACCAGCUGAGAAUUCGUACGCUCCCGAGGCUGAGCAGGGCAGGGCUGAGUAA